AUGGCGGCAAAUGGUACCGCUACGACCAACGUUGGUAACAGCAACAGCAACAAUGGUAGUAGCAAAAGUCCUUACAUUUGCCUCUCCGCCCACUGCGAUCUACUGCACUUUGUGGGGCAGGUGCCGCACCCUUAUGGCGGGCCAACUCCGGUGACACUCAAGGAGCGGGCUGCGCGCUACCUUCGCUUCUCAUGCGGAUCCCUCGAGCACGCGCCAAGCGUCUCGGUUCGGUGCAAUCACCCGCUGUUUUUGCCCAUUCCGAUCGAGGCGGAAGCCGACGGCCAGUCGUCCUUUCCGCUCAGUGGUGUUGGGUUGGCGCUGUAUGGUUUCCAGGAGAACUUCGAGGCGGCAGUCGUGGAGUCCGGAUCUGCGCUCACACACCAGAAUCGGAAUGAGGAUGAGAAACAGCAGAACGAGAAGUCUGAACGUCAUAACAAUAAUCACAGUGCAAAUGAAGAUUCCCUCGAAUGCCCAAAUGAGUCCACGUUACCAUCACAUUCAUCGCCGUCGUCUGAGGCUCAACUCACUUCUUCAGAAGACAUGAGUCGUUCUUCUGUUGUCAAUCCCUUCGCUGUGCGCCGCACACUUCUGCAGGCACUGUUUAUUCUGAACCUUCCGAAGCGUAGCCCAGCGGCAUCAUUCACUCUGUGUACACAUGAUCCGAGCCCUAACGGUGCCACAACUUUUCUUGUUCUCCCUCGAAGUGCCGAACACGUGGCAGCAUUGGCACAUCCCGUGAAGGUGAUGCUUGCCGUCAGAGAAAGCGUCACAGGCACUGUGCUUCAGUGUUCCUGUGACAUGAGCAGCAGUAGCAACAGGCACCUUCAGCGUGUGGAUGACGAGAAUGGGGUCACAUGUUCACUGUUGUUCUGGGAGCUGGAAAAAGAUACUGGAGGAGUGGCAACAACAGGGGGGGCGUUGGGGUUGGAUGUGUUCCUUACGAAUAUGAUGUUACCUUCACUUUUCACUAUUCCUCUCAGAUUCCAACUAUUGGCUGUGGCACAAGAAAGACAUGUGUCACAGGUGGUCGGCUGGUCCCAGCGCCGCUCCUUCCACCUCCUGGCGUUGAUAGCGCACUGCGUGUGGUGUGAGAAGGUGGCGGACCACAUCAUGCACAGUACAAGUGGCGCCACCGUUGUGUGUAGAAGUUGUACAGCACAGCUGAAGCCACGGGAAGACGCCUCGUUAGACUCCAGUGACAAGUGGGAAACGACGCUGCGGUUUCGCGGUGUUGAUGCGAGGGAAGGGUCGAAAGAUGAUGUGCCUUGUCACGCUGGGCUGCUGCAGGUGGCCGUGCGUGGCUGCGACGAGCAGUUGUGCUGGUGGUGGGGCGACGUGGCACUGCAGCAGCAGCAACGCGGUGAUAUAUGUGCACUUGAGGCGGCGUGGUGA